UGGAGAAACGCUGAUGUGUGUGUACACAGAGGAAGGGAUUGUGUACAUGUAGCUAAUGUUUAUUAGGAACAAAUGAGAUUAACACUAACGGAAAAUCACACAAGUUGGUGUUUAGGUGUUUAUUUGGUGAUUCCGGUUCAUUAGCAGACGCUGUUGUUGUUGUUUAUUUGUGUUAGUCAGCUCUCUGUGCUACAGCUUUGUCCAUGGAGCAAAAAGACACACAGAAUGUCGGGCAUGACCAAGAAGGAUUGUCCAAAAGAAGAAUUUCAUCAAUUCUAAAAGCUCCUCGGACAUCUAUGAAAGUGUUUGGAAAUGAACAGGAUGAGAACCAGGAGGAAACUAGACCAAUUGAAAAACGGCGAAAUUCACGAAGAGUCAGUUUUGCUACUACAAAUAAUAUUCGCGUCUUCCCAAAAGACCUCAAGGCUGAUCCUGUAAUAGCCCCCACCCAAAACAUGACAGUUGGGACCAAUGAGGGCCAGAAUGAGAGGACGUCGUGUUUUGAUUCCAGUGUAAAUUAUGAAGUUAUUGGAUUGGACACAAUGUUAACUCAACCCGUCCAAUUUGAACUAAACAAGGGCAAUAUCUUCCCUGAACCACACUUACCAUUUGACUCUGUAGACAAAACUGUGCUGCUUGGAGAGAACAUGGACAUGACAUACAGUCAUACAGUUGUAUUUGACAAAGAGGAUGAAUUUAAUCCAGAAUCUAUCUUGAGCAUGUCUAAUGCUAAUGACCCUCACAAGCUCAGUAGUCAGAAUGACACGACCUCUAAAAGCUUUGGCGUUGUGGAAAAAGAUGUAAUGCUCACACAGUUCGAAGACUUUCUUGCUAGUCUGCCAAUGAACCAAAAUGCUGCCACUUCAAUUCCAAAUAAAAAUAAGGAUAAUUUCACUUUGGAAAAUGUCAGCAAUAUGAAAAUGGAUGAGGAGAACGUUCUACCAACUGGUUUGAACAAGCUUGCAUUUUCUGAGAGGGACGACAUGGACAUGAGCAUGACUAAUGUAAUAAUGGAGGAAAGGGAGGCUUUACUGCAUUUUCCUUAUUCUGGAGAUGGAAAUUAUGAUGCUGAUGAUAUGGAAAUGACACUGUGUCAGACAGUCCUUGAGCCCAAAAGCUGUGAUGACUACAAACCAUCUGACAAACCAAAGAAAAGGGUAUCACUUGGCUCAACAUCUUUUAGAACUAAAGACAUGUCCCCUGAACACACUGGGCACAUGGAACUGAAUAGAUAUUCAUUUUCUAAGAGAACAAAAACCGAGGAUUGUGUGGUUCCAACAGCACAGAUGUUUCUUCAACGGGAUGUGUCUAACUGUAUGGAAGCACAGCAGGACACUGCUUCCGACAUGACUGUUAUCCAUGAUGAUAUGGAACUUACUGAAUUGAAGACUAUUACUAUUGAUACAAAGUCCUGGCUUACAAGUCCCUCAAACAAGGCUCAGAGUUCACCAUAUGUAAUAUCUUCCAAAACCUCCACAGACAAAAUAAAAUGGUCUGAAUCAAAUCUUGCACCAGUACUCGCGUCACAAACUGUAGGUUCUAGACCUCCAAUUUCAGUAAUGGAAUCGGACGGUGGAAAUCUUGAGACUGAAGACCAGAGAGAUCAGACAACUGACACAAGAAGUCACCACAAAACCCCUAAAGGUUCUAACAGUGUGAAUGAACAUGUGUCAUUUAAUUCAACUGUCAAAACUGAAGAAUUCUCUGAAGAAGACAGUAACAUGGUAAUGACUACAGUUUUUACAGCUCCCUUAGUAGAGCAGUGCUGUGCUGCAUUUAAUGAAGAAGAAACAGCAGGAAAAUCUGCGGUUACUCUGCCUGUAACCACUGACCAGAAGAUAUGUACAGAAAUCGAGUCUGAUCUCGACACUUUGAAAAAGGAACCUUUGAGCUCUGUUAAAUCCAGACAAAACUGUCUAGCUGAUCUAAAAAUGAAACUUCAGAAUAUUUCACAGUAUAUAAUUGAGCCAGAUGGACUGUUGGCUGGAAGUGUUCCUGCACCUCUAGCUAGCUUCACAGAGGCGUCUCCACUUGAAAUGGACAAUUCUUUACAGCUUUCCAAGGAAGCUCAGCUGCUUGGAAACCAAAUGAACUUGGCUCAUAAAGAAGGCACCACACCUUUCAACCUCAGAAAAUCACUUAUGGCAAGAUUGUCAGUUGGUGGUAUCAUGCCAAAAUUUCCCUCACGAGCAGGUUCAGCACGAUUAAACCAAGUAGAGCCCAAAAGCCCUAAUGAAGCCCAGGAUCUUCAGCCACAGACAUGUUUCAAUGCUUAUGUACAAAGCAACAGCUAUGAAACUGAUCUCAUUGAUGAAGUGCUUCCUGAAGAUGAUUUCUCAGGGACUUUGGUCAGUGAUUUGAGCAAAAGCAAAGUGCAAGAAUUCACUACAGAGGUUCAUGAGAAUAAGGAUCAUAUUGAGUAUGAUCACAUGGAGUCUAUGAGCCAGUCUGAGGAAAUCCCACCAGAAGUAAAAGAUGCAAAUACAAACGACUCCAGCGACAAGUUGUGGGACAGUAAUUGUGCAGCUCCGAAUGCCCCGACUCAUGUGGUGAAGACCGAUGACACCAACUUCAGCAGUAAUUCCACGAUGAUUAAAUUUGAAGGAAACUCUGAAUUAACUCUGAGAAACUCACAGCUUGAUUCUCAGAUCGGAGGCUCAAUGGAUCAUGAGUUUGAUUUCUAUAAGAAACUUAAAGAUGGAAGUGUUACAGUGAAUGAGUUCCUAACAUACUUUGGUGCCAACACUGUAAUCCAUCGAUCAAGACCCAGUGCUCUUCCUGACAAUUUUAGAGCUACACAAACUUGCACAACGGAGGACUUGCUUAGAGAAAAAUACAUACAUCGUCCUAAGCAGAAAGUCUAUGAAACAGAUUGCCAGAAACUCUCAGAGAUGGCUGAAGGAUUUAAAACACAGCUGGCAGAUCAAGAUAAACCACUGAGAAGUAUCAAUGAAACACUGCUGCAAGAUAUUUGUGCUUUCUCAAAAGAGCAGCUACAAAGAUUUGGUUCCAAGUUAAAGGAGCAAAAGAUGUACUACCGAAAAGAAAACAAAGCACGUUCCCAUAAAAUGAAGGAACACUUGUAUUCUGAGCUUUUAAAAACAACACAGGAAGCAAAACAAAGCCUGACCUCUAAGCUCAAGGAGACAAAUGAGAUGAUAAAUGACUUGGAUGGAUGUAUAAAUGACUUGGAGGCUGAGUUGAGUGGGCUGAAGCACAUCGGCAAUGGAGACCAACAUUCCCUCAUCAGACUCAAUCCUGCUUUGAAAGCAAAGCAAGAACAAUUUGAAGCUCUUAAUUCAGAAGUUACUGAGAAAGAAAAGCAAAUACGGGAGCUUGAACUUCAAUCUCAAUCUUUGGAGGACACAAGAAAGAAAGUCCAAGAUGAAACCAGGGAUCUUGAUCAGUUAACAAAUCUGAACAGUCUCAAUGAGUGGCGAGUCAUUUCUGCGGAUAAAAAUGGGCUUGUUUUUUCCUUUCUUCACAACACACUGCACCUAGAAGUGAAACACAGAAAGGCCACUGGAGACGAAUUCAUACAAAAUGAUCCAGAGCAGGAAGUGGACAUUUCAUUUAAAUUUUUGCUGGAUACUGACACCUCACAAUCGAGUGCAAUUAUGGUCCACAAACUGCUCAAAGGAAACCUCAGUAAUCAAUCUAAAUGGCAGCAGAAGCACUUGACAAUGCAAAAAAUACCAAUGUUACUGCACAAUGUCAGUCUGGUUGUGAGCCGUCUGCGACUCCUGGGUGAAGAAAUCUAUAGGCUGGACAAGUGGGGCGGCGUGAGACUUGGAAUCUUUCACAUUACUUGUGUGGAUACUUUGGUUCAAGUCACGUUCUCUAGUGUCGAGGCAUUUGCUAAGUUUGAGCUAAGCUUGGAUGUUAACCCAGAUUAUCCUUUCAGCCCACUGAAACUACAGAAAUUUCAAAAUUUCAUUGGAGACACGAGGCUGGAGCAAAUCACGGAUAUUGUAUCUUCUGUAAGACCAGCCAAGAACUAUCUGACUUCAGUCAUGAAGAAGAUUCAUUCUGAUCUCCUGGGCUAAGUGUUUGUUCCAUUUAUUCAUGUAAUAAAUAUGUUCAUGCAAUGUCUAACUUGUUUAUUAAAUAGUCAGCACAGUUUAAAAUAAAGAACUAUAUGUUUUGUUA